AUGCGUAAUGUCUCAACUAAUGUUAAAAACGAUCCGAAAAGAUUUUGGGGAUUCAUCAAGGCCAAAAACAACAUUUCAUCUGUUCCUACUACGAUGUCUUAUAAAGAAAAUGCUUUAAACAGCCCCCAGAACAUUGUGGAAACCUUUGCAGAUUUCUUUAAAACAGCUUUUAGCAUCUCUAAUUCUGUUCAAAAUUAUGAUUACAAUAGUUCAAAUGAUCCAAGUAUCGACUACCUCAAUAUAGAGAACUUCGAUGAAGAAAUUGUAUUCAAAGCUAUGCGUAAAUUGAAACCAACUAUGACUGCAGGACCGGACUUAAUACCAUCAUUCUUAGUGAAAGAUUGUGCGACAAUUUUGGCAUAA